CUCGAUUCCCUUUGACCAGGCCGGGCUUCCAUGUUGUUGCAGGUAACCAAAGCAGCCGGAGUCGCGGCUGCCCUGCUGAGAAAAAAGCCAUGGACAGACCACGGCGCAUUGACGACCUUGCGGACGAAUUGAUCAGUCACAUCCUCUCAUUUAUCUUGGGAUCAGAACCUUCCUCUAACGAUACCUCCCCGACGAACAGCCACGUUUCCGACAUGCCCAAUGGCAGCUCCAUCAGUGCGCAUGGCGAAACGUCUGACUUGGACCGAUUCAGACUGGUGUGUACAAGGUUCAGGCGCAUCGCCACUCCAUGGAAAUUCCCCCGUUUCGUUCUUCGCUUUUCACGAGAUGGGUUUCGGAGGUUAGAGGACCUUCUGGACAUGCAGCUGGCCUGCCAUGUCAGAUCCUUCACGUACAUGGUGCGACCCUUUUACCAAGGAAGCGACUGGUCCCCUGUCUUGAAAGCGGUAGAAUCGCAGAACCUGGCAAUUUCACAAGUACAUAAGAGCCGGCGUGAAGACCAGGAAUACAUCAUCACUGGGGGCCAUGAUAUGCUACUCUUGCGCCGCGCUAUAUCUGCGUUCUCGUCUCUGCAGCAAAUUAAACUGCUUCGGUUACAGGACGGGGCGGACGAGCAAUUGCUAGAUUAUAUACGUGAGCAAUCUUCAGCAGAGACCGUUUAUUUGGACUGGGAGCCAGCUUGCACGCGGGCUGUCACAAGCCUAGCGACUUCUCUGUUAGAAUCAAACUGCAGUGCUAUUCGUUUCGUCGGGCCUCAGAUUAGCCCAGAGUCCGCAGCGAAGUUAGCGCAGACACCUUCACUAACGCUAUCUACCUUAGGCGCUCGAUUAACGAGCUUAGAUGUCACAUUUCAUUCCUCCAAAGACAUGACGAGCAGCAUCAAAUCUGUCUCUAGCGUCUUCCAUGACUUCUUUCUAUCCGCAAAGAACCUGACGUCAAUAAAGUUAGGUUUUCGAGCCAAUGUACCUCUCGAUCUCUCGCUAGAACUCAUUUUCCACCGCCUACAGUGGAAAAGGCUCCGGACUCUCAGCAUUCAGGGCUGGCGCCUAGAUUCGGAAGAGGUUAUCUCCCUGAUCCGCCGACACAGGAGACAACUACGCGAUAUCGCACUAGCUGACGUCUACCUUCGCAAUGGGGGCCGGUGGCGGGAUAUCCUGUCCGUCCUGCACGACGAAAUGGAUCAAGUAGAAUGUAUUUAUCUACGAGACAUCGAUUACGCAGACCAUCUGGACUCGGACUCACCAGAUACCAAUGGCCAUGCCAGUACUUCCAGCACGUCGGUCCUCUCCGUCGUCCCCGAACCUACACUCGCCCUACCUCCUUACCGUACCAGUUUCACUGCGGAUUACCCGCCUUUCUCUCCCUGCGGAAGCACCCGACGUUCAUUUUCCGAGACAACUCUGGAGCGGUUGAGAGCACUCACGGUGGAUGACCUGGGGGACAAUGGAGUGAGUGUGAGACGCGAGCAGGGGUUGCUCUGGGAGGCGUGGGUACUCUCCAGCCCUCGAAACAUGUUACGACAACGGCAAUAACAUAAGCACUGCUCUACGAUUUGCAUAAUGUUGGGAAUGUAAUGAUUGAUUAUUUUCUGUAUGCGUCGCAUCGUUUUCAAAUAGUUCGAAAAGGCGCGGAGCAGUCCUAGACAAGCCUGAAGAUAUGAGAAGAUCUGGAGACCGGUAGCAGUGUCACGCAGCGUCACGCAGUAUCCUAGAGUUUUAUAAGUGAUCAUUUUCGCUGCCAGCAUCAUCAGCUCUGUACAUCCAUGGGGGGAAAGCUUUGAUGAACACAUCAGCUAACCAGAUCUGCAAAUUCUUGGACGAAUCAAGUUCUACCCAUAGAUUACCCACGUAUCGCUACUGAUUGGACAA